UCUCUCAUUCUCGCGGCAUUUUAUUCACAACUUCGAGGCAUUUUUAUCAGGUGUCAACCAUUUUUUUUAAAGGAAAAAAAAAUAAAAGUUCUUCAUUCUCGCGGAUUUGUGAACGGAAAAAAAGUAUUUCACAUUGAAAAUAUCGAUUGAGGUGGUGUUUGUGUGAUUGGUGGAAUGAAAAGGAGGAUUCCGCACUGCCGGGUAUUUUUUUUGUUAUUUGUUGGAAAAGUUAUGGUGGUGAAAAAUGUUGAACAAGAAGAGUGGUAUUAGCAUAAAAUCAACUCAUUGUUGGGUUCCUUUUUGGUGUGUUAAUUAAUUUGUAAAUUUUGCCCCAAAGUGUUGUGUGGAUAGAGAGGAAAAAUAACUUGAAAAAAAAAGACCUGCGGGAGAAAGGUGGCAAAAGGUCUUCACACACACAUAAUUGUGGGGCUCACGCGGAGGUUAACUUCUCUUCAUCAAAUGUUUAGAAGAAUUCGACGUUUUUGAAACUUUCGCAAAGGCACUUGAGAGGGUCACGAAAGUUUCGUGUGGGUGUGCAGGGAGAAGCGCAGCUGAAGAGUUUUUUUUGUUGUUGUUUGUUUGUUUUGCAAAGCAAACGCAGCGCGGCAUCUUUUUGCGAUAUUCCAACAAAUUCCACGUGGUGAUGGUUAACGCACAGACGGAACAAGUGUGAAAAGAAAAAGAUGGCAGGAAAAGACGACAAAAUGGAAAGGAGUGAUAUCGAAACAAUUGCCAAUGUAGAUCAUAGUCAUAGCGUUAAGGGUUACUUUAGGUACGAUGAGUUCCUGCAGUCGAGCGGUGCAGCACCUGCUGUGAGUGGAUGGGGGAGCCCUGCAAAGGGUGCCUCAUGGGGGGUUGAAAAUGCCGCCGGGGGUACACUUGGUGGUGGUGGUGGCGAUGGGAAAACAACGACGGCGGAUGAUAAUUGCAAUGAAGAUGGUGCUUGGGGGACGUCACGUCUCAAUUUGGGCAUUGUAAAGGCAUCCACGACGGAAUUUGAAUGGCCCCCACCAGGUGGGAAGGUUUUACCACCAAAAAAUGAUGGGAUUGAUGCACAGCAAGCACUUCCAGUGGCAGCAGCAAAUCAGCAGAUCAGUGAGAAUCCCAAUUUGAAUUUGAAUGUUAAACAAGAGGUGGCAACGGGUGAAUCUGAGGCAGCUGUAGCACCCGUAACACCGGGGAAUGCAGCAAAGAAUCAACUAAAUCAACUGAGGGAUGCACUGUAUGCAUAUGAUGGAUGGGGGAAGGAUCAUGUGAAUCAGGAGACUCAGUGGGAGGUUGCACUCUCACCAACGAAAUCUCUCGAGGUGUCGGGCGGUGUGGCGGCGCCAACGGGUACGGAGCUAUGGCACGAUAACCUCACAAAGGCUGGGCAGACGGUGGCACAGCAACCGGCGGAUGACAAUCGCGGUACAUGGGAUCAUGUGCCAUCGUCCAAUUUUGGCGGGACCUGGGGUGAUAAUAGUGAGCUCGAUGAGGGUAGCAGCAGUGUGUGGUCUACCACGCCAACAAUGCCACCACCAGCAAGGGAAUUCCAGUGGGGUAUUGGAGUUGAGGGGAUUGCACCAGUUAAUAAAGCCCCUGGGGCGGCUGUUGUGCCGCCACCACAGACUGCCGUGGAACCCGAUAGUGGUGCCUUGGGUGGGAAUAUCUGGGCAACAGGUGGUGGUGGUGGUGGUGGACCAACAACUCCCGGGGCUGCAGCACCGAGUGGGGGUGUGUGGAAUGAUACUCGUGCCGAUUCAAUGAUUCGGGGCGGUGUGUCGGGACGACUCAAUCUAAUGGAUAACCCAUCGAAGGCAUCUGGCUGGGGUGAGGAUCCCCUUGUGCAGUUGCCACCAGCUCAGCCGGCAACAACGUCCUUCUGGAGUCAGCAUCAAGCACCGCAGCCCGUCCAGCAGGCACCUCAGCCCACCGGUGGUGCGGCCACAUGGAAUCACGACAUUCCCGAUGUGAGUGGUGUGAGGAAUCGCCUGGCACCGGGUAUGGGAGCCGCUGCGGCUCCCAUGCAGCCCCCACCUAAUCUCCCCGAUCGCUUCGCAGCAAAACCCGAUGGUGGUAAUCCGUGGGGGCAGAAUAUUGCAAAGAAUGGCCUUUGGGAUCAAAUGGGGGCUGAUCGUGGUGUACCAGAGGGCGGUAGUGGUGGUCUCUGGGGCAAAGCCACAAGUGGAAAAGCAUCCAAUGCAGGCGUAUGGCCCGAUCCAGGGGACUUUCGCAAUUGGACACCAAAUGGACAACCGGCACACUUCCCCAAUGGCAUGAAUAAGUAUGCAAUUGGAAGUGGCGGUGGUGGUCGCAUGGGGGGCACCAGCAAAGUGCAGGAGAUCAUAAGGAGCAGCAAACAAUUCCGUCUCAUGAGCACAAUGGGCUUCAAGGCUGAUGACAUUGAGACAGCACUCCAGAUGACAAAUAUGAAUAUGGAUGAAGCCGUUGAGCUCCUUGGGCAGUCGCAGCGAAAUAAAUUUGGCAACAGCGGCGGUGGGGGAGACUUUUGUGAGCCAGGACGUGCCUUAUCGGGACGUUUCCCGCCGCCACCAUCUCAUCCGCAUCAGCAGCCGCAGGGGGGUGCUGCUGCAAUAAAUGGCAGUGGUUUGGACAAUGCGCAGCUGCUACAUCUUCAGAAGUACCUGAAUCAGGCUUCCAACAAUCCUUUGGCAUCAUCACAAGGGGCUGCUGGGGGUGGCAUUAACUUAAAUCAACUCCAGGCGUCUAAUCCAACCACCGAACCAUCCAUACAUCAACUACGUGCCCUUGUGCAGCAAAUUGAAAUGGCAGUCCAGGCGGGUUAUCUAAAUUCACAGAUUCUCAAUCAACCGCUCUCUCCUCAUACUGUGCAACUUCUAAGUCAACUCUUGAAUAAUAUCAAGCACCUUCCAGCACCUCAGAAUCAAAUUACUCCUCAGCCAUCACUCUUCAAUAAGCAACAACCACUUACUGAUUUUCAGCGGGCUCAGCAGCAAUUCGAUCCACUUGGGACACUGCAGGGAAAUUUCUCAGACUUGGCAUUGAACAAGCAGCCGAAUCCGAAGCUGCCAUUUGUCCAAGCUCAGCCUACCUCUCAAGUGCAGAGUCGACUCAAUCAGUGGAAACUUCCGCCUAGUGCUAGUUCAGACAACGACAUGGCGAACUUUUCCAGAGCUCCAGGAACUUCUACGAAGCCACCGCAUCUCGCAAUGAAUUUUUCCAUGAACUACGAAGGGCCUUGGUCUUCCGAACCAAAUAACACAUCUGACGGCUGGCCAGAUAUUCCAGAAUUUGAACCGGGAAAACCAUGGAAGUUUUAAAUAUUUUACAUUCACAACCAAUUUAUUGACAACAUCAUCUCAACAUCCAAAAAAAAAACUAUUAAAAAAACAAAAAUAUUGUCCAAACCAAUGUAUUUUUUAAAAUUAAAAAUUUAAAUAUUUUUUCCUCUGUGUGUGGUGUGAAUAAUCAGGGGCCUCAAAUUAAGACAAUGGAAGAUGAUGAAAUGUGAUGAAGUUUGAGUUUAAAUUUCCUACAAAACACACACAAAAAAAACUGAAUGAUAAAGAGAGAGAGAGAGAGAAGAUAAAGGAAGAAGGGAAAACCUAGCACUGUGCAGCGAAUUUAACUUUAGAACGCAUCGAGGCUCAAAUAAUCAGCGGUGUUUUAUUAAAUUAGCUGGUUUUUUUCAUUCUAAAAAAAAAAAUAAUAAAUCAGCAAAAAAGUUGCAAAAUUUCAAAGAAAAAAAAAGCCAUAAUAAUUUGUAAUGUUUAGUAAAAAACUUUAUAUAAACAAAAGUCUAUAAAUGUAUUUUUGAUUUUAAGUGCAAGUCAUUUUUUUUGGAAGUUUAUAUUGUAAAAUUAUUGCUAUUAUAUAUUUUUUAAAUAUUGUAUUUUGAUCGAAAUAAAUAUUUAAAAAUACUUGUUAUUUUUAAAUUAUUUUACUAAUUUUUUUUCUGAUAUUUUUUUAUCAUUUAUUUCUCAUGAAUUGGUAUUUUAUUAAAUUUUUUUAUGGAGUUUAUUUGAUAAAUUUGAAAUUAAAAAAUUAAUAUUAAAUUUCUCUUGUAGAAUCUCUUAAUAUUUGAUUUUUUUUCUUGAUAGGUUAAGUUUGAAAUGAAAUGUUUAGCUUGGGGGGAAAAUGGGGAUUUUUUAAGUAUGAAUUUGCAUUUUAGAUAUUAGAAAGAUCUCACAAAAAAAGCCAUGGUUUGAUUGAAAAUUGCAACAUAAUUAACUAGUAAAAUAAGUUCAAUAAAAUCAAGACUAAAAGCAAUUCUUUUUGACUUUUUCAAGGGUUUUUUUCUCGUUUGAUUAACAACAGAAAAAUUCGGGUAACGGAUAAGAAGAUUUUGAGAAAAUUCGCCUAAUAUUGGCAAUGGUUUAGCUUUAAAAAUUAUAAAAGGAUUUUAUGCUUAAGCUCAUAAAGUUAUGCUUUAAAUGGAAAACAUACAGACACUGACUUAUGCUCAAUUAAAAAAUCAUUAAAUGGCUCUUAUUAAUUUUUUUUAAAGAAUUUUAAUUUUUUAAGGACUUUUAGGCUUUAGAAGUAUAGCUGAGUCGCUAAAUAAAUUAAACAUACGUUGUUUGUAGCCUUAUUACAGCUAGAAAUUGAAUAUAAUCAGUAUUUGUUAAGUUUGGGAGUUAAAUAUUCAUUUUUCCAAUCAGUAUAAAAUUCAAUUUGAUCGAGAACUUAAUUUUAUCAGUAAAGAAUCUCUUUAAUCUUUUCAAAAUAAAUCGAUAAAUCAGUAAAAAAAAAUACCUAUUGGCAGUAUAACAGCUCAAACUAUUCAGUUAAACGUAAUCAUUUGGUCAGUAAAAAAACAUUUUAUCAGUAUAAGAGCUCAAAUUGAUCAGCUUAAAGAUAAUUUGGUCAGAAAAUUGUUACUUUUGUUUGAAAAAUAAUUAAGAAUUUUAUGAUCAGUAUAAGUAAUUUGCAUUGGUCAGUAAAUAAAUUAUUUGGGGUCAGUAAAGGAAUUACAUUGAAGCCAUAAUUCUAAUUGUAGGAAUUCUAAAACGCACAUUUCCCUUUCAGAUUGAAAAAAAACAUUUAAAUUAACAUUUUAAUAAAAGAGUUUAUUCGUUUGUGUAUGGAAAAAAAACUCAUGGAAACAAUUGAAAAAACGCGAGAAUAAUAAGGGCCAAAGAAACUUCUCAUUUUCCACUGAGAUCAGGGAAAUAGUUGGCAAAGUUUGCUCAAAAUAUAAAAAGUGACGUCAUUUUAAGCAUUUUUCGUCUUCUUCGGGAUUUAAAAUGGAUUUUCUGGUAUAUUAAACGCUUAGUCAGUUUACAAUAAAUAUUUUAAUUCAUUUAUGAUAAUUCUCCUCCAGUGAUUUUUGUAAAAUUACUUCAAUGCUUUAUGGAUUAAAAACAAGUAUAAAAAUAUAUUAAUGACGUCACUGUUUGCAUUUCUUGGCAAAGAUUUACCGAAUUUUUAAAAAUAAUCUCAAAGAAAAAAAGGUUUCUUUGAAGUCUUCUUAUUACUUUUUGAUGCUAAAACAUCAGGUAUUUCCCAAAUUGUUUUAUUCAAUUUCGUUUUUUUUCUAUUCAGAAAUGAAUAAACUCCUUUCAAAAUUUUUCAAUUAAACUGAAUUAAUUUUCUUUCUCCAUAAGAUAAAAAAAAAUCUCAUACAAUCAUUGUAAAUGGUGCUGGAAUAGCUAAAUAAAGUCAAUUAAUAAGAAUAAUGACCAUAUCUCCCAGUUCUAUUCAUGAUUUUAUCAAUAAGUUUCUUUAUGGGGAAAUAUUAGAAAAUUUUCUUCCAAAGUGCCAUUGUAAAACAUAAAUGAAUUGCAUCUUAUGCCGAAAGCUUCAGGGGUGUAAAAGCUUUUGGUGAGGAUUUUUGGAAGCCAAAUAGGAUUAGGCAGUGUCUGUAUAAAUUGAAGAAAAAAAUCCACUAAAGCUAAUUCCAAUGGAUUGUCCAAUAUUAAUCCAAAAUUAAAUCUCAAUUAUUCCAUAAUUAUUAAAGGAAAAACUAAACAGAAAGGAGUUUAUUCAGUCUUGGUGCAAAGAGAUCCUCUAUCGCAGAACAAUUUUCACCCAUAUCAUCUUGUAGGGAAUCAUAAAAAAUAGAAGAAUCACGAGAGAAACUCCCCAAUAUCCACUGGGAUCACAUAGAAAAGUGCAGUGAUAGAACAGUCCGGGAAAACAUAACCUCAAUUUUGGAACAACAUUGAAAUGAAUAGGAUGAACUUCAUUGUGUUCAACCAGCGUGGCAUCGGGACCUCUUGAGCUUCUUUUAUAACCUUCUCAACCUUUCCUGCCUACUCGGAUGAAGUUUUGAAUGAUUUUUGCUUCAUCUCUGGUUUUCCGGGUUUCCUGUUCCAAAAUUGAGGUUAUGUAUUUCCGGACUGUGCUAUCACUGCAUUUUUCUAUGUGACCCCAGUGGAUAUUGGGGUGUUUCUCUCGCGAUUCUUCUAUUUUUUAUGAUUCCCUACAAGAUGAUAUGGGUGAAUAUUGCUCUACGAUAGAGGAUCAUCUUUCAUAUAAGAUUGAAUAAACUCCUUUAUGGAAAAAAGUCUGUGGAUCAUUGGGAUAAAUUCUGAUACAAAUCUUUUCUUUUCUUCUCUUACAAUUCCUCAGUUUUGAGGUUUUUGGUAUUCUGGGAAAAAUCUUUUAAGAUUUUGACAUUUUAUUUUUUUCUUUAAACGAGUUUCUCAAAGAGAAUUCCUUUUUCCAGGCUCUUUAAAGAUCUUUCUGACUGUUUUCUGGAUAAACUAAUUCUUUAUUUGUCUCUUAUAGAACGAUUUAAAAAUAUCAUCUGUCAAAAUCUUUCAAUUAAGUUUUAAGUUGUUAAAAAAGAAAAGAUUUUUAUCAGAAUCUCCCCCAUUAUUGGACAAUUCUUAUAAAACAACGCUGAAUAUUUUGAAUCCAGAAAAAUAAAAAAAUUAAAUAAUUCGUUGCACAGUGUCAUCCAAGUCAGGGCACCAAAAAAAAACUCGAAGAAAUCUGUGUUUAUUUUUUAUCUUUCCAAGAAUGUCGUGGGUGCAGAAAGAAGUUAAAAAAAAUGGAUAAAAGAAUAAAAAUUCUCACUUAAUUUUAUACUGAUAGCAAUGGAACGUUGAAUCACACAUCCAAUUUACACAGUAAUAAUUGUUUUAAAAAAAAAUGGAGAUAAAGAAAAACAAUAAUGAGAUGAAAACACACUACAUGCCUUUAGAUGUUUAAGAAUGACAAAAGAGUGAAUAGAAAGUGAAGCUAAAGAAGAAAAAAAAACUGAUGAGAGGGUAAAAAUUUUUAGAUGAUUGAAACUAAAGAAAAAAAAUGAAGUUGAUAGUAAAAAAAAAACGUUUUUAAAGUGUUAUUAAGCUGUAAAAUGUAAUGGAGAUUGAUUAAACUGUGAUUUCAAAAUAGCAAAGUACAUAAAAAAUGCCACUUUAAAAGAGUAAAAAAAAAUGAAUCAUGUUAUCAGUUUUUCUUUCCUGUUUGUAAUCAAUGCAUAGAGACAUUUUAAAUGAGAGCGUGCGAGAGAGAAAAGUUUUUAAUUAAUAAUUAAUUGUACCAUAAAAUGCGAUUAAUUGAAUCGUAUUUUUUUCUUCUUAUAUCUAUACAUUAUUUUUUUGGUAUUGUCAUUGUUCAAAAUAUUUUUUGCACACGAAAAAAAAUGUACACACACAAAAAAAAAAUGGGAUGUGCAGAGAGAAUUUUUUCUUCCGUGGGUUGUUUGGGGGGCAACGGGGGAGGGGUGGGUGAAAGAAUGCCAGAAAAAAGGGCAGUAAUGCCGCAAGUUUAGAAAAAGAAAAAAAAUAAAGGAAAAGAAGCAAGAAAAGAAACAAAGAUUGAAAGGAGGGAAAACGAGAAGAGAAAAAUAAUUAAAUUAUUGUAAUGAUAUUACAAAGAGAGUAAAAAAAAAACAAAAAAUAAAUAGUUGUUUAGGUAUUAGAUACGAAUAAUGUUUAACCAUAAAUAUGUACAUCUUGUAUACCGUUAUGGUGAAGUUCGUGACUUUGAAACAAUAAUACCGUGUGUUCUAAGAUGCA